CGUUUCGGUCGACCUGGUCGAGAGAUCGGGAGAGAGUCGCGAGGACUCUCUUGGCCUUGCUCAAUUCGCGGACAAGCAACAUCCAUCUGCAAGUCACGGCCAUUUGGUGUCGAUCCUAUUCUUACCGCCUCGUUCAAAUUUUGCUGCGAACUGGGAAACUGUUCUUCCAUUGGCGCAAGCACAGACCAAUUGGUCCUCGAGUCGAGAGAUUGCAGCGUUAAGCUUUCGAAGAAAGAGAGAAUUUUUUUCGUUUGAAUUGAUCGGAAUGCAAGUACCCAGAUGGCGAAACCUCUUGGUGAUCAAGAAUUCGUUGAUGGCUUCAACAUCUGCGACGGUUCGUUCUGCUGCUUUUCACUCAACUCCGGCCACUUGCGAGAAAUGGAAGUAUAAAUGGAAUUCCGAUUUUUCUAGAGGUGGUCAACAGCCAUCUAAGAACUAUAUCAGAUAUACAACACGUCAGAAGCGUGCUGAGACAAAGAAAGCUCUGAAAGAUCUCGUCUUGGGCAGCGGGUCUUCUAGAUUUUCCUUCCACGUAAACUACUCACUGGAGAAGGGCCCUGCCUGGGAUUUUGAUGAGACAGAAAAUCAGUCAGAUCAGUGUGGUAAUAGAGGCAGAUCAAAGUCAUCUUCUCAGCGUGCUGGGAAGAGCCACCAAAAGAAAAUGAAGCGAAAGUUUAGGAGGGAGAGCUUCAGUGAGGACCUAGAUGAUUAUCCUGAGACGGUAUUUCAAGCAACAUUCGGGAAUAGGUGGUAUACUUGGUCUUGCAAUUCGAGGCACUCCUUUACCUCUGAAAAUGCAUCAUCUGGUUUUCAAUGGAAAGAGAAUUUCAAGUGGGGAAACCGCAGAACAAGAGAAUGGGAAACGGCAAGUGAAACAGAGCUGGAUGAUGAGUCAAUUAGAAUAGGAUCAGUGUCCGAUAGAAAAAUGCUUGGUUUACCUACAACAGGUCCUUUGAAGAUAGAAGAUGUGAAAAACGCAUUUCGACUUUCAGCCCUGAAAUGGCAUCCUGAUAAGCAUCAAGGCCCUUCACAAUCAAUGGCUGAAGAGAAGUUUAAGCUUUGUGUCAACGCAUACAAGUCGCUGUGCAGUGCUCUUUCAGCAGCUUAAAGUGUAAGCUUUGGUCCAGACGGGUUCAGCUCUUCGCAACUCUUCUUUCCAAGAGAAGGUUUAGUGACAUUGUGACAUGAUUAAUUUAUUUCUAGUGAUGAUCAUUACAGAUGGUUCCAAAAUUUUCCCUGGUGCUACAUUUUUUUCGUGAUUGUUUAAAUUGGUUAUCAGAAAUUUUCAUUUUGCAACUUGAGGGUUUUUCUUCCAUUGAAAGGAGUAAUGAAUUAGCUGUUCAAAAGCCAAAGGUCAUUAUAAUAAGUAUUGCUCUGUAGUUGGCAUUCUCUGAUUUAAGAGAUUAUUAGAAAUGAUGAAUGCUACUUCAUUUUCCAAAUUCUAAGCACACCAUGUUAGUUUUUCAGGU